CCCAGUUCAAAUAGUUUUCAGCUAAAAUUGUGACAAUCUUCUACCCAGCCAAUGUGAUUUCCUGCUAAAUUUCGCAAUCUUCACUUUCUAGCAAUAGUGUUGUAUAUGUUAGGGUAAUAGGGACAAUGGCUCAAUCUAUGAAAAUUACAUCAGUGUCUACAACUCCUUAUGAAGAUCAAAAGCCUGGUACAAGUGGAUUAAGAAAACCAACAAAGGUUUUUCUGACCAAGGCAAACUACACAGAAAAUUUUGUACAAUCAAUAUUAAGUGUUGUCAAACCAAAUCAAGACAGUGUUUUAGUUGUUGGUGGAGAUGGAAGAUAUUACAUGAAAGAUGCGAUACAGAUUAUUGCCAAGUUAUCAGCAGCCAACAAGGUUGGAAAGCUUGUGAUUGGUCAAAGUGGUAUUUUGUCUACACCAGCUGUUUCAUGCGUCAUUAGGAAACUGUCUGCCACUGGAGGUAUUAUCUUGACCGCUAGUCAUAAUCCUGGAGGUCCAGAUGCAGAUUUUGGAAUCAAGUAUAACAUUUCCAAUGGAGGACCAGCGCCAUCACAAGUCACGGAUGCAAUUUUCAAUGAGUCAAUAAGUUUGAAGAAUUAUGAAACAUGCUCUGAUCUUAAUAUAGAUCUUGAAACGCUAGGGAAGCAAACAUUCAUUGUAGGAGAUGAUAAGAGAACCUUCACAGUUGAUAUUAUCAGUUCUGUGGAUGAUUAUGUUGAUUUAAUGAAAACCAUUUUUGAUUUUGACUCCAUCAAACGAUUUAUUAAGACGAAAGAUUUUAAGCUCAGAUUUGAUGCCCUUCAUGGAGUGGUGGGUCCUUAUGCCCGACGAGUGCUUUGUGAUGAGCUGGGUUGUCCUGAGGAUUAUCUUGCCCACUGUGUACCUAAAGAAGAUUUUGGUGGAUCCCAUCCCGACCCUAACCUCACCUAUGCUCGUGACCUUGUUGUUGAGAUGGAAAAGGGGAUCUAUGAUUUCGGUGCUGCUUUUGAUGGGGAUGGAGAUCGCAACAUGUUGAUCGGCAAAAAUGGUUUCUAUGUUUCUCCUUGUGAUUCCCUUGCAAUAAUCGGAGCGAAUCAUGACGCAAUUCCGUAUUUCCGUAAACAUGGUAUGAAGGGAAUGGCCCGUAGUAUGCCAACUAGUGGUGCGAUCGACUAUGUUGCAAAAGAAAUGAAUGUGGGAUUUUAUGAAACACCAACAGGUUGGAAAUUCUUUGGUAAUUUGAUGGACGAUGGUAAACUGUCCCUGUGUGGAGAAGAGAGCUUUGGUACUGGAUCUGAUCAUAUAAGAGAAAAAGAUGGAUUAUGGGCUGCUUUAGCUUGGUUGUCAAUACUCUCACAUUUGAAUUUAACUGCUGAAGAAGUUGUAAAGAAACAUUGGGAGAAAUAUGGUAGAAACUGUUUUACCAGGUACGACUAUGAACAGGUGGAUUCUUCUUCUGCCAAUCAAAUGAUGGAAGGAUUGAAGCAACUCGUUCAAGAUCAAUCCUUAAUAGGUACUGAACAUAGCAGUUGUGGACAAACUUAUACUGUUUCAAAGAUGGAUGAUUUUGAGUAUACAGACCCUAUUGAUCAGAGUGUUGCAAAAAAUCAGGGUAUUCGAAUCAUAUUUUCUGAUGGAUCAAGACUAAUUUAUAGGUUGAGUGGCACCGGAAGCAGUGGUGCAACUAUUAGAAUGUAUGUCGACAGCUAUAUCGCAACAGGUUCAGAAAAUCUCGCUGCUCCUGCAUCAGAAGUAUUAAAACCACUUGUUGAAAUUGCAUUGAAAUUAUCAAAAAUACCACAACUUACAGGACGAGAGAAGCCAACUGUUAUUACAUAAAAACGAAAGUACUACCAUAAAUUAAAUUAUAACAUGAAUGGUGUAAACAAUAGUCAAAUUGGUAAAAAGUGUUCUUAUAUUAGUUUAUAUAACUUAUUAAUAAAUGCAGUAUAUAAUUGAUAGGUGCAAAAUUUUUCCAUUUGUUGGUGUUAUAAAUAUUUAUUAAAAAAAAAAACAGUUACCCUAAGUAAUAAACACUGUUAUCUGUAUGUUGUACUAAGAAAAAUAAUAUGCCUAUGUUUAGGAGACUUUAAUUUUCCAUUUUAUUGAGCAGAGUUGCCGUGUGGAUGAUAUUUUCAAUUCAGAAAAGGGCAUAUAAAUGCACUACAAAAUUGUGCCAAAGAAAGUACAACAUAUUUUGUAAAAACACUAACCUCUGUAUUUGGAAAAUAACUGUACACAGAUGUUGCAAAAAUGCAAAAUAUGUUUCCCCCACUACACAGAAUUUUUUUUCUUGUUUUGGAUAGACUACAAUCAUGCAAUACUGUCUUAAACGACAAUACACUGGGGAUAUUUACUAUUUUUCGCUUUAUGUAGAAAUAAUUUGGUGUCCAUGGCCUUGUUUUGUUAAGCUUAAUGAGAUUUAGUUAUCAGAAUCCUCAAAGUUUUUUUUAAUGAAUAUAUGGACAUCCAUGACUUGAUAGAUACUAUUCAGUUCCUUUUUGUUGCAAUAUAUAUGAAUGAAAGUACUACACUGUAAUUAUCGAUAUUUCACAGCGAGUAAUAUCCAGUGCCAAGAGUGUACAAUAAUUGAAACUGUUUUCAAGUGACGCCACCCAAAUUCCCCACGCUAGGGUUAUUCAUAAAUGCAUAUAUUUUUUGUGGGGUGAUAUAAUGAAAUAAUAACAUAUACACAUUUUUCGUUUUUGGUACUAUUAAAGUUUACAAAGUUUAUAUUAUGCUUAAUCAAAAGCACUAGGUAAUGUUCUCAAAGUUCCAAUAUAUAACAUUUGCAAGUUUAUGCCAUUGUAAUAAUGACAAAUAAUAAAUAGACUUCCAGUGCUA